AUGAAGCUCUUGUCCCUGCUCCUCACUGUCGCUUUGGGCCUGGCGACUACCGUUUGGGCAGGACCCGCAGUGCUCGAGUGCUGGUUUGUGGAGGAUGUAGGCGGCGGUGGCGGCCUGACCAAGAAACCCGCCGCACUACUGCUGCGCCAGAGCCUGGAGAGGCCUCCUCCCCGGCCUGACCUCGACCCCAAACUCUACCUCAGUGUGCACGACCCCGCUGGAACCUUCCAAGCGGCCAUAAGACGCUACCCGCGCGGCGCCCCUGCGCCACACUGCGAGAUGAGCCGCUACAUCCCACUCCCCGCCUCCGCGAAUUGGGCCAGAGGUCUGACUCCCGAGCACAGUUGCCCGCGGGCCGUGGACGGAGCUUGGCUCAUGGUCAGUGUAUCUAGUCCUGUCCUCAGCCUCUCCAGCCUCCUGCAGCCACUUACAGAGUCUCAACUGGAGCCUGUUCUCAUUACCAAAGCAACAGUGGCGCUGACUGUCAUCACUCACACUCCUGUCCCUCAAAUUCGUCUGGGCCACGAUGCUAUGCUAGACUUGAGCUUCGCCUAUAUGCCCCCUACCCCUGAGGCUACAACAUCCCAAGCCUUGGGUCCUCCUCCUUUUGGGCUAGAGUGGCGACGCCAGCACCAGGGUAAGGGGCACCUGCUCCUGGCCACAGCCCCUGGGCUGAGUGAGCAGAUGCCAGCGGCCCAAGAGGGGGCAGUGACAUUUGCUGCAUGGGAUGACAAUGAGCCAUGGGGUCCGUGGAUUGGGAACGGGACCCUCCAGCUGCCUGCAGUGCGACCCUUCCAGGAGGGCAGCUAUCUGGCCACCGUCCAUCUACCAUACCUGCAAGGGCAGGUCACCCUGGACCUUUCUGUGUAUAAGCCCCCUAAAGUGUCCAUGAUGCCAGCACACCUGGUAUGGGCUGCCCCUGGGGAGGCCCCUCCAGAAUUACUCUGCCUCGCUUCCCACUUCUACCCCCCUGAGGGCCUGGAAGUGGAGUGGGAGCUCCGAGGUGGCCCAGAGGGUGGCUUUCGGAAGGCUGAAGGACAGAGGUGGCUCUCUGCCGUGCGCCACCAUUCUGACGGCUCUGUUAGUCUCUCUGCGCACCUACAGCCGUCUCCUGUCACUACUGAGCAGCAUGGAAUGCGUUACACCUGUCUCAUCCACCACCCUAGCCUGCCUGCCUUGGGGCGCAGUGCCCAGGUGACCCUGGAAGUGGGAGGCCUUUCCGGGCCCACUGUAGAGGACAGCAUUGGCCUCUUCCUCUCAGCCUUUCUCCUCCUUGGCCUCAUCAAGGCACUGGGCUGGGCCGCUGACUACCUGGUCACUUCCAAGAAUUCAACGGAAAAGGGCGACCACAGGAAACGGAGAUGCCGACCCCAAGAGCCGGAAGCCCCUGAGCGCCGAAUCUGGAGCCGGAUGUGGUUACUUCCUGCCCUACCCCCCUUGCAUGGAGGCGGGAACCGAGGGCUCCUUGAAAAACCCGGAGUGGAUUUGGCCCGCUACUCGCGUGGGUGGGAUUGGGGAAAAGUAACAUCACGGGGGCGGAGUAACGGGGUCCUUCGCCUCCUAAAACGCAUAUCGCUGGAAUUUUAG